ACAGUGCACGGGACUAUGACUAGGGUAAGGACAAUAGAAAGUUUAACGCACAAGUAGAAAAGAGCUAGCGGCGUCGGCUAAACGGUAACUUAAACAAAACCAUGGCACUACAACCGCCACCGGUGCAACUAGGUGCUAUGGAACCGCAUCUGCGACUGCAGAAGCUGGUUGCAGACAGCCAGCGUGUUUCGAUCGACUCGACAAUGCCCAUCAACCGAUACUACCGUUCAGGUAGCCAGAUAGUCGAAACGGCCGAUCGGUCGCUGCGGGAAGGCAACUUCGAAAAGGCAUUCACCUUCUACCUGCGUUACGUGACGAUAUUUGUCGAGCUCAUACUGAAACAUCCGGGUUAUCGAUCGGUGCUACCGCAUGACAAAAACCAGACGAAAACCAAGAUCAAGGAAAUUCUCCCGAAGGCGGAGAGCAUCCGCGCGAAGCUGUUGGAGCGGUACGAAGGCGAGUACCAGCUCUACCUGCAGCAGAUUCGUUCAGAACAGAAAAAGCUGCAAGAGGAACGUGCUCGUACAGCCGCCGAAAAAUCGGGCCCUUCUAGCGCACCGCAGGAUGCUAGGGACGUUGGACUGAGAGUCGGAACCAUAAUACCGAGCGCCCCGAGCCACAACAUCAUUACGGACACCGACUCCAAGCUAACGGAGCAAGUGCUUUAUCCGAAUGAAUUUAUAACCGGCGAAAGCGUUCCCAGCGAAGAGUUUUCAAAGGUACCCGAUCCAGCAGUGGAUAGAUCUUUGAAACCGAAGCUACCGCUUGCGACUGGACCGUCCACUACCGGGGCAACCGGCUACCGGUCGAUUACGGUACCGAUGGAUACCUUGCGAAAGUUUCUAGCGCUCACCGCCCCCAAUACGAAUGCCAACGUGGAAACGUGCGCCAUUUUGGCCGGUUGUUUACGGCAGACGAAAUUCGUUGUCACGCAUGUGAUAUUUCCGAAGCAGACCGGAACGUCCGACAGCUGUAACACGAUGUAUGAAGAAGAGAUUGCCAUCGCUCAAGACCAGCACAAUCUUAUCACACUCGGAUGGAUACAUACACAUCCCUCGCAAACUGCAUUUUUAUCGUCUGUAGAUUUGCAUACGCACUGUUCCUAUCAGCUGAUGCUUGAGGAGGCAAUUGCGAUCGUUUGCUCGCCAAAGUAUCACGAAACCGGAUUCUUUAAUCUAACACCCGUCGGAAUGGAUGCGAUUUCGCAGUGCCGCCAAACCGGCUUUCACCCACAUUCGGCUGGGCCGCCUCUGUUCGGGGAAGCCCAACACGUUGUACUGAAUGAUGCGGAUACCGUAGAAGUGAUUGACUUGCGAUAGAUUUUGUUAGGCCGUGGAUGCAUUCUGUUUGAUAUCGUUUAUGCUUUAAUAUUUCAUAUGUACGUCUGUUGAAUCGCUGCAGCGUAAGCAAGGCUGUCUAGCAUUUCGCAACUUACGCACGCGUUGCAAUUGUUGAAUUGUAUUGCAAUUAAUCGACGGCCUACGCACCAGCGUGCGUUGCUUAAAGUUAAGCUAGGCGGGUACAUUGGCCUACAUUGCUUGUGGGAUUUCUUCCUGCGCUCUAGUUGUUCAUUUAAUCCUAGAGGAACGAAUUGAGCCGUUAUACGCUCUAGAUGCAGUCAGAAUUAACAUGCAAAUGUAUAAUAUGAUAUAACAUGUAAAUGUAUAAUAUAAUACUUCAAGUUUUGCACUUAAGUAGCACUGUUAGAGUUCGAACUAACGUCUUUCGCAUAGAAACCGCUGAAUGCAGGGACCGACGGAUGAUCUACAGAUGAGCAACACCAGAACAUAGUAUGCUGAGUAAAAACCAGUGACACCUUUUAAUGAUCUCAUGAAAUACUUGUACCGAUCAUGGAGUCACCAUAGAAUGUACUACUGAUAGAUGCACUAUUUAAAGGCGCUCGACAAGUGUUAAAUACAUAUGUUGGUAAGGGAGAUGGGAGAUGGUUUGCAAAUACAUGGGAUGCAUGAUUAUACAGGUGUGCUCAGAAUGAAAGACGGAAUGAAACAUCAGUACACCAGCCUGGGUGUACUGACUAAGGGCGAUCUUGCACCCCGACGAACUGGUGUUUUAAGGCAGAGUGUCUAGGCACGUUUUCUUUUCUAGUGCGACUUGGCGUCAAAUAGAAGAAAAUAAUUUAGCUAUUACAGAACUGUACACCUCAUCUUCAUUUAACUAUAUUUUGUGUAAUAUCGUCAACGGCCGGUACUGAGGGUAAAUGCCAAAUGACAGAAAUAAGAAGAUUUGUUUAAGUCAUUUUCCUUGGAAAAUCCAUUGUAUCGUAUCCCUUAAUCCAAUAUAGUUCCAUCGCGACAGUCAAUCAAUAUUUCCUUUUCUUAUUAAAAAAUAGUUUAUUAUUUAUUCCUUAUUUCCAAUUUUAUCUUCUAGUUUUGCGUAUGUGAGCAGGUGCACGAACGCAUGAGUGUAAUAACCUUAACGCUUAUUAUUUUUCGUGAUUUCGUUGACUUUGAUGGACAUUUUGAAUUGUAGUUCCAUGCGUCUAACAGAGAUGUUUAUUGUUGUGUUUACUUGAAGCAUUCAAAAAAGAACAUUUUGGCCAGCUAGUUUUUGAUUUGUCGUGAAGGAAUCUAAUUUGUUUCCGUCUAUUUGAAGCGAAAGGAAAAAGACAAGAAGUAAAACGUUAUACUUAUUAUGAUCCAUGA